AUGGACGGCCUCGCUGAAAAGUCGUGCCCCGGGAGAGGACUUCGAGGUCCGGAUCCACAGAUGGCAGCCUCCGACCUCUCUCAUAACGCCUGCUCGGACCAGUUUCAGCCGUCGGUCGGUGUAGGAGAUGGAGUCAGAACAUUUGAAAACCGCUCGACCUCGGCUGCAACACAUGACAAACUCGAAGACGGAAAACCAUCCUCCUCCUCCACCUCGUUACACCAACCUGUACUCCACCGGCAUAUGUCCGAGGAGCUCAGGGGCGAUGGAGGAGGUGAGAUGGGCGGUGUUCGUACAGAUACGCCCCCUUUUGGUUCCCAGCAGGCGGGUGUAGCCGUUGAAAUCCCCCUCCAGUGUACCGAGUAUGGAGACGCGGUGAAGCUAAAGCCGGCCUACUUCACCGCGGAUCCAUCAGCCAGCCUGGAGGGUGGAGGAGGAAAAGUUGACCCGGUCACCAGCUCUUCUACCAUCCAGCCACCAAAGAAAGGUACAGACAUCUCCCACAAUUUAUUGUGACCUUUGUGGGACAUGAAAAGCAGGAAAACAAGGGAGUAAAUCAAGAAAAAACACUCAAAUAUAGUGGAAAAUCAAAAUCCUAAAAGUUUUAGUUAGAAAAUAACCAACUGUCAGCCUCACCAACAUUAAUAACAUAAAACUAGAGUUAACUACUAUUAGGCCUGCUGACUGUAAUCACAUUAAAUUAUUUUAACAUAGUCCAUAACUACUUCUAUCCUAAUCCUGUAAACUGAAUUCAUUUUGUUUCAUCAUUAGGGGAGACCAGGGCUUGUUGUCACACUUUUUACACUCAAUUGUGCACUAACACGUAUAUUAUCAUAUCAUCUGCAUAAAAAAAAAUCAACAUUAUAUUUGUAGCAUUGUCGCAUAAAUUAUUUGUUUAAAUAAUAAAUGAAAUGGAACCCAAAAUGGACCCUUGUGGGACACCAUUGUGUAUGUUUAAAAAACUAGAAGGCAAAUCUUGAACUUGGACACAUUUCCUCCUUGUAUCUUGUCUAUUUUUUGUUUUAUUGUUCUAAUCAUCUCCCUUAGCUGUGUUUCAGUUACAGCCCUACCAAAGCAAGAACGGACACAUCAAACGGCCAAUGAAUGCCUAUAUGGUUUGGUCCAGGAUCCGUCGGUGUAUCGUGAAGGAGCAGAAUCCUGGAGUCAGAGUAACAAGCGCUGAGCUGGGUCAUGAGUGGUCCAAGCUCAGUGAGGAAGAGAAGAGGCCUUACUUUGAAAUCGCCAACAAACAAAAACAAAUGCACCAGCAGAGAUUCCCUGGUAUGGACACAAACACAGCAACUAAUGACGAGAUAAAAGAGCGUUCAAUGAUAGUUACCGUCUUUAAACUGCAUCAGAUAUCUGCUCAGGUAUUUGGUUUUGUGUUUGUCAUAUCAUUUUAGAUUAUGAGUACUGUCCCCAGAGUAAAAAAAGAUUAUUGGCGUCAGAGCAGAGAGUAGGACACGAUGUCGACCUCUCUGCCUUCAGGAGAGUUAUUCCAUCUUGUUCAGAGUUUCAAGACCCCAACAGAGAUGCUAGGCGCAGCACAAUACCCCACUCAGCUGGCUUCUGCUUCUGCCAAUCUUACCAGUACAUUCCUAUGGACUUCUGCCCCAGUGUUAAGAUCCAUUUUGCAAGGUUGGUGGAAUAUUUCAGCUAUAAAAGUGUCCUUGGGAGGAUGCCAGAGUUCUUAAAUAUAUCUGUUUUGACAAGUUCAAAGAAUUUGACCUAUGUGCACCUAUAUCGAUACAGCAGGAUUUUCAACAGAUACCCAAACACAUACAGCACUAUGAAGAAAGAGAGAGAUCACUCCUAUAAUCACCCAGAGAGGAAAGAGAGCGAUCUGGCUCCUCUCUACGAUACCGAGCAACAGGAUGAUUGUGAGGCUAAUAAUAGUCAUGAAGUUAUGCUCGACUCCACCACAACACCAGAUAGCCUGGAACUGACUGAUAAUUCCAUCAGUCAACAGCUUUCAAGCAACGACACAAUGAACAGUUCAAGUGACGAGUAUGUUGAUGUGGUUGGACUACCUUAA